AUGGGUUCCAAACAGAGCAAGCUGAAACCCAAAGUACUGCAAGACCUGCAGAAUAACACAGACUUCACGGAAGACGAGAUCAAGAAAUGGUACAAGUGUUUUAUGAAGGACAGUCCCAGCGGACGCAUAUCGGUCGACGAAUUCAAGAAGCUCUACUGCAGGUACUUCCCGCUCGGUGACGCGUCCAAGUUCGCCGAAAACGUGUUUCGGACGUUCGCCACCGACAAGAAUGGCUUCAUGGACUUCCGCGAGUUCAUGUGCGGCUUGCACGUGACGUCACGCGGGACGCCCGACGAAAAGAUCGCGUGGGCCUUCAGCAUGUACGACCUGGACGGAGACGGCUUCAUCGAGAAGCACGAGAUGAUCGAAAUGAUCGCCGCCGUUCACAAGAUGGUCGGAUUUCCGACGAAGAGACUCACCGACGAUGAGCUGACCCCCGAGCAGCGCACCGAAAAGAUCUUUCUCAAGAUGGACAAGAACAACGACGGCAAGCUCUCCGUGGAUGAGUUCCUCGAAGGCGCCAGGCAGGACCCCUCUGUAGUCAGGCUUGUGCAAAAUCCUUCGAGCGGC